GGGAAGGAGAAGCUGCCCUUCCGCGGCCAUGGCGCGCGGCGGGGGGAGAAGGCGCCUCGCGGGGCGGCGCGCGCCCCCCCGCCACGGAAGAGGAUUGCUGGAUGAAGACUAACCCUAGGACUCAGAGUCAGAUGUCAAAGGCAAGUUGGGUUUUCUUGUGAGCAGCUGACAGCAUCUACAAGUCCUGUUCCUUGUGGUGGCUCCCGAAGGUGCCGAGGUCCUCAUUCAGACAUGGCAUUUCAAAGGACAGAGGGGAUGUCCAUCAUCCAGGCCUUGGCGAUGACUGUGGCGGAGAUCCCCGUGUUUGUUUACACGACAUUUGGACAGUCUGUCUUCUCUCAGCUGCGGCUUUCUCCAGGCCUGCGUAAGGUGCUGUUUGCCACAGCUCUCGGGACAGUUGCCUUGGCUCUUGCAGCUCAUCAGUUGAAACGUCGUCGGCGUCGGAAGAAACAAAUUGCUCCGGAGAAAGGUGGCAUUAAGCCUGGAGGGAUAACAGUGCCCAUCUUGCCAACUAGAAGGAUCCCUUCCGUGAAGAAAGGAUACUCCAGCAAGAGAGUCCAGAGUCCUGGCAGCAAGAGCAAUGACACACUCAGCGGGAUUUCCUCCAUUGAGCCCAGCAAACAUUCCAGUUCCUCCCACAGCCUUGCCUCGAUAGUAGCAGUGAAUUCUUCGAGUCCAACGCCAGCAUCGGCAGGUCUGUGGGAGGCCCAGGCAACAACGGAUGCUGGAGCAGCUGGUGAUUCUAGUGCAGAAAGCCUCUACGUUCAAGGCAUGGAGCUGUUUGAGGAGGCCCUGCAGAAGUGGGAGCAAGCGUUGACCAUCCGGCAGAGGGACAAUGCUAGUACCAGCACCCCGAUACCCUGGGACAGCAGGAAACACCAAGAGUCCAUGUCCGAGGACAUCCCAGAGGAGGAGUCCCAGAAAAGGGAGUUUGCUGAGAAGCUGGAGUCCCUCUUGCAUCGAGCCUAUCACCUGCAGGAAGAGUUUGGGUCUUCGCUUCCAUCGGACAGCAUGUUGCUGGAUUUGGAGAAGACUCUAAUGCUUCCAUUGACUGACGGGUCACUACGUCUUCGGACAGAUGAUGAAGAGAGCUCAAUUUCUGAGGACUCCUUUUUCUCUGCGGCAGAGCUCUUUGACUCUCUUCAUUUUGAGGAAAUACCAUUCCAUCUUUCUAAGCCAGUAGCUGCGUAUGAAGAAGCUUUGCAGUUAGUGAAAGAAGGGAAGGUUGCGUGCCGGACGCUGAGGACAGAGCUUCUAGGCUGCUACAGUGAUCAGGAUUUCCUAGCGAAGCUGCACUGCAUCAGGCAGGCCUUCCAGGAGCUACUGAAGGAUGAAAGCAACCAGCUAUUUUUUGGGGAGGUUGGGAAGCAAAUGGUGACAGGACUAAUGACAAAAGCUGAAAAGAAUCCCAAAGGUUUUCUGGAAAGCUAUGAAGAGAUGCUGCAUUAUGCACUGAAGCAAGAGACCUGGCCAACCACUCAGCAGGAGUUGGAGGGAAGAGGGGUGGUGUGCAUGAGCUUCUUUGAUAUUGUGCUGGAUUUCAUCCUCAUGGAUGCUUUUGAGGACCUGGAGAACCCUCCCUCCUCUGUGCUGGCUGUGCUGCGCAACCGCUGGCUCUCCGACAGCUUCAAGGAGACGGCCCUAGCAACUGCCUGCUGGUCAGUUCUGAAAGCAAAAAGGAGGCUUCUGAUGGUACCAGAUGGCUUUAUUUCUCAUUUCUACUCCGUAUCGGAGCAUGUCAGUCCUGUUUUAGCCUUUGGUUUUCUGGGGCCCAAACAGCAGCUAUCUGAAGUCUGUGCUUUCUUCAAGCACCAAAUAGUACAAUACCUGAAGGAUAUGUUUGAUCUGGACAACGUGAGAUACACAACAGUUCAGUCGCUGGCCGAAGACAUUUUGCAGCUCUCACGACGGCGCAGUGAGAUCCUCUUGGGGUAUUUGGGCACUGAGACCUCCCCUGAGAUGAAUGGCACACUUCCUGGUGAAAAUGAACCACUAAAAGAGCUCAUCUGACGUCAAUCAGGGUGGAAAAAGAGUUUCAUACAAGAACACUUUUCCUCACAGAAGUGGCUAAAACUACCUACAAUGGUCAGUGGUGGCAGCAAGACUAUCUCAACACACAGCAACCUGGUGGGACCUUCUGCUUUCUGUAGCCGGUAGUGUUUGCUGGGAUGGAUCCUGGACCACUUGCCAGCUUAUGGUUUGAAUUUCUUCUUUGUUCCAUCUUCGUGUUCUUUUUUAUUAUUAUUAUUAUUAUUAUUAAUGUAUCAUAUGAACCAUGAACUGCCUGGGCCCAGAUUUUUGCCCAACGUAUGUAUGUACUUGUUCCUCCCAUGCAGUAUCUGGGAGAUAUUUCCUGAUGUUUAUGAUCACAUGGGGAAGCAGGAACAUCACUGGUAAAUUCUCCACUUCACCUUUGGGUCCUCAAAGAUAAUUUAUGGGGAUUUGUUUGCUUUGGGAAUUUUUAACGUUAUUUCUCUGCACAUGAGAUGUGUAGACACAUCUCUACAGACAUUACUGCUGAUUUUAUCUUAUGUUUUAACACAUGGAAUGUGACUAGCAGAGAUUUUUUUCUCCCAGUGAGGAGGAAAUACUUCUGUAAAGCACUGAAGUAAAAUUCAGACUUACAUAACCAGUCUGAAGCUCUAAGGGAGUUGGUCUGCUUCCUCUGUGUUGCUGUUCUUUGCAGGCCAGAUGACUGGCUCUGUAUUGCGGUCAUCCUCACAUAGGAGACUGCUGAAGUCUGUGUUUGUUUCUAAGGCAAACUAGUGUGAGGAGGGGGUGGAUUUGUAUCCUGCCUGUGCACGCACAAACUAUUUAACAUCCAUCAAAGUGCCUUGCUCUGUUUCAGAAUUGGCCAGUAACAGUUUUCAUGAAGUACACAAGAAGAGACCUGAGUCUGGUGUUGAUUGCUGUUAUGCAUAAGGCAGUAAGAGAUGUAGCUGUUGGAUGUGAUGCAGAAAAAUGACUAUGUGUGCGAGUAGCUGGAGAGCUGGGGUCAAGCUGCUAGAGAGGAAACAAUUUCUAGUAUGUAAUUCACCUGUAGUAAAAAAUAUAAUAUAGUUUUGGGUAGAUACUAAAUGCAUGUGUAGUGUGUCCUUGCAGUGCUGAGAAGGGCUCUGCUUAAAUGUUGUGAUAAUGACUUCAGAACUGGCACCUGAAAUCUGGCUGCUUUUGAUCGGUGCUGAGUUGGAUGCUAGUGUAAGGUAGAAGCAUUUGAGUGAGCUGGCCUUGAGGCAGUCCUGGGUUUUGUAUGAGACUUGCAGUGAUGUGCUUAGUCCUCUAAUUAUAAUGCCACAGAUGAAGGCAGAGGGUGCUGCCUGCCUUUUCUUCUGUUUUAGUUCACAUAUAGUCCCAAAUCCCAACCUCAGAUUGACGAGGUAUUCAGGGAGAAGAAAAUGGGGACUUUCACAACACAAGGCUUCACUUUUUUUCCAAAAUGAUUUGUUACCCCUUGUGUCUAUCCCAGGUAAUGGGCAUAAGUCUUAUCCAGCUAUGUUUUUGUAAGAGGAAAACUUAAGAAUCUGGAGUUUCCGUAGAAGGGGAAAGUCAGUGCAUGGACUUGGAGAAUAUAAAUCUUUUCUUUUUUCCUCUUCAGAUCUCUGAAGUGAAUUCUGCUGCUAAAAGCAGGAAGGAAAUAAGCAGGGAAAAAGUAAACAAGAAGGUAUGAAAUGAGUAGAUAAUGCUCCUGAGACUCUUGCAAGAAGGCAAGCGUAGAGCAUGUAGCACCUGCUGCUCUACAAGCACAACAGACUGAUGUGGCAUAUCCUGAAGACUAGAUUAAUGCAAUAAACAAGAAAAUGAUGAGGUAAAGUCAGGAAGACUAGUCUUUGGUAAAGCUUCAUGCAAUAAACUGUUAUGAGAAGGAUUUAAAGGACAGUAAUUGAAACUAGGAGAGGUUUCUGAGGUGUCUUGCUCCUGCCAUCAUGCAGUGAAAAGAAGAAACAGAGGAUGUUGUGUUAGUAUGUCAUACCUGUUUCACGUGGACUGUGAUUCAAAAGUAUGUUAAAUUCUGAAAGCAAGUUACUUUGCCAAAAAUAUUUUAUAAUGCUCUGUGCUCUUGUAUGGCUGGUUUAGAAGAAAGAGUAACUUCAGCAGCUUUGUAUAGUAGUUAAGAAGAUGCUAAAAUGUGAAUAUUAAUGUAAUAAGCUAGAUUGUAAUUCUAAAGAAUCAGUGCUGUUCAUUUCAGACUUUAGAGUUGUUUAUGUGUAUUUAUUCACUGCUUUGAAUGUCUUUAGGCCUUGGUGCUUGGGGCAGCCUGCCUGCCUUGUGUAAGGACAAAAACACUGGUGGCUGACUUUGGUCUUUUCAUGUCCUCACAGGACAGGAUACUAAAACAGGGUCUCCAUGAAGCAAAUGCUAAUUUGCCUUAUGGCUUUUUAAGCUAAGAAACGGUAAAUUCUUAGUCAGUCAAAUGGAAGUAAGACACUUCUAUUACGGUUUUAUUCUCUUCCUUAGCCACUAUUCCAAAUAGGUAUGCUGCUCUUCCAGUGAAGGUGAAGAGGAAUCUUCCUCAAGAGCGCUUAGAGCUUUUUGAAGGUUGAGUUUCCUCCCUCCCCCUGCCAACACUAACUUGUUCCUGCAAAAGUUAAGAAGGUCUGCUGAGACAAACUGAUUUUUCCCUUUACUGGGGAAGAAGUGAAGGUUUUCUGAAAGUCCCCUUUGUAUUUUGUUACUGCUCUUUCUCCCUCCCCUAGUAAAAUGCAUUGCAGCUAGAAAGGAAAAGCAAAAGAAAGAGGUGUCUGCAAGCUUUAAAGAAUGCUGUUCAGAUCACUGGGUUCAAAAGAGGUGUUCCUGUGCGAGAAGCUCUCCCUGACCUGAAGGGUUUGGUAAGUAAACUGCUGCAUUAAGCUCCUCCCGACAUGAACCCAAGUUGGAGUUCAUGCUGUUCCCACUGACCCUUCCAGAGCAGAGCUUGUCUGAAAUAGCAGCCACCUCACACACAUCUGUUUUGCAGGGUAGAGUAAAAGGUUAUAGGUGAGCACUUGUCUGCCCUCCAGCUUAGUAAGGUAUCACUACAUUUUUUUUUUUUUUUUUAACCAGCAUAUUGUGUUUAGAACAAAGGAAAUACUUCAGUAUUAGUAGCAGAUGAGAUAUAUAUUUGGGUAGAAUCUCUAGAGAUAAGGUAUUUGCCUCUGUUAUAAUGAACCCUUAUUCUCAAGGGGUUAAAUCAUUCUGGGCUGACACUUGCAAGAUUUUAACACUGAUGGGGAUUUAAAAUGGCUUAGCGGCUAUAAAAUGAAAUCUUUCAAUAGUUUCUGAAGAGAAUUCCAAAUAUGCAUGACUUUCAAUCUUUGUGGAGGUUAUUUUAACAAGCUUCACUAGUGGUUAAAGUAUCUACUCAAUACUUUAGUAUGUAUUUAGAGACUACACCAAAUGGCUCUAAAAGGGUCUUUAUGAUCUUUAAAUCACAAUUAUAUUAAUAAAAAAAUUAUGAAGAAAAACCUACUUGUUCUAUGUAUGAGAUCAGUGUGGCUUUGAAGAGCAUGACUUGUGCUGCCUCAUACAAGGAGGUGGUAAAGCAGAAUUUUAUUUACCCUUUUCAGUAGAACAUUCCUCUGCUAUAUCUGAAACUAAUGAAUGUAAACUUGUGCCUAUUUUUAUUUGCUUUCCUAAAGGUGUAAAGAUCCCGUUCUUGUUUCACUUCUUUCUUUUUCUUUGCAGCUAUUUUUUUAAAUACCUCUAAUCUUAGGAUGUGGGCAUUAAAACAAGUCAAAUAAAACUUCACAA